AUGUCUAGCAAGAAUUACAGAAUCGCUUGCAUACCUGCCGACGGCAUUGGCCCUGAAGUCAUUGACGCAGGAGUAAAAGCGCUCGAAGCUCUCAGUGCGGCGAGCAAAUCGUUUACUCUGGACUUUGAACACUACGAUUGGAGUUCCGAAACGUACAAGAAGACUGGCAAAUACAUCCCUGACAAUGGAUUAGAAGACUUGAAAAAGCAUGAUGCUAUUUUGUUUGGUGCCGUGGGUGCUCCAGCAACUACUGGAGACCUGGACUGGGUGAUCAUUCGCGAAAACAGCGAAGGCGAGUACGCAGGCCAAGGAGGUCGCAGCCACAAAGGCCAGCCUUGGGAGACUGCCACCGAAGUCAGCAUCUUUACCCGCCAUGCUGUGACCAGACUGCUCAAGUUUGCGUUUGAAGUCGCGCAGAAGAGAGACAAGAAACACAUUACCGUGGUCACAAAAAGCAAUGCGCAGAGGAAUGGUAUGGUCAUGUGGGAUGAGAUUGCUGCAGAAGUCGCAAAGGACUUUCCAGAUGUCAAGGUGGAUAAGAUGUUGGUGGAUGCCAUGACUUGCCGUAUGGUGCUGCAGCCGCAAUCGCUGGAUACCAUACACGCAGACAUCCUCUCCGAUCUAGCCGCAGCCCUCGCCGGUUCCAUCGGCAUAGCACCAACAUCCAACCUCGACCCCACACGCCAGAACCCCAGCAUGUUCGAACCCAUCCACGGCUCCGCAUUCGACAUAACCGGAAAAGGCAUCGCCAACCCAGUAGGCACAUUCUGGACAGCGGCAGAAAUGCUACGGUGGUUGGGUGAAGAAGCCGCUGCAGAUAAAUUGCUUGAUUGCGUGGAGAAUGUAUGUGGAAAUGGUAUUUUGACGCGCGAUCUUGGUGGCAAGGCAACUACAAAAGAAGUUACUGAUGCAGUGUGUGAGGAGAUUAAGGGAGGUUAUGCGUAG